CAAAAAUUUCAGUAUUGUGAUCCCAUUAAGAGAAUAGACCUCGGAAAUUGCCCCCACUACCGAACAUUUAUGAACUGCGCAUACGCACAGAAAAGUGGGAGAAUAUUUAGGACAUAAAACAUCUAAAGUGGGAGUAAAAACCGACGACACCUGAAGUCCAAUCUCUUGGUGGGAUGACAAUGGUGGGAUACUUACACUUCAUAAAUGGCGGCAAUUCAUGACGUCAUAUAUUUCCCUAGAGUACUGUGGCAGUUCAUAACGGAAUGAAUUUUUUAUAAGUAAGAGUACUGAACAAUGCUCGCAGAACAUGUCUAAACAUACCUAUUAAGUUACCCAACAACAAGUUUUUUUUUCCUUAUUGGCUAUUAUCCCUAUUGGUUAUGUGCGACUUAAAGUUAUUUUAUAGUAUUCUAGUCGUUCUAGUGAAUUCAUAUCAUCCUACUUUUGCGAUCAUGCGCAAGUAAACCCACAGCGCAGGAAAACCCUAGAACACACUCUUUCCAUAAUUUAUGGACGAGAGUAAAAAUCCGAGGCACACAACUGAAACAAUUAAAUUAAAUUAUAAAUUAUCUUGUUAAUACUCGAUUAAUAAACCAGAUUAUCAACACAUGUGGGAAAAAAAUAAUCACGCAAUGAAGUGAAAUCUAGAUAAAAUAACCUGGUACUCAUUAGUCAUAAUUGUGAUACUAUAAAGUCAACACGUUAGAUAGUAAUUUAACAAUGCGUUACACAAACUUUUUUGAAAUAUUAAAUUUAAAUAAAAAUAAUUCCAUAUGCUGUCGCCUUUUUGUGUUUAUUCAAUGGAGUUUUUUUAAACUACUAGGACUAUCGCCCUGGACGUCAGAUACUUCAGGAAUUUUCCGAAAUAAAAAUAGAAAUAACACAUGUAGAAUCUCAUACGCCGGAAUUUGUUACAAUAUUAUAUUUUUUUUAUUCAACAUUACAUUUGCGCCUUACGGAUUAUUUUAUGAACUAUCAAAUAAAACUUAUCAAGGCUCGAAUUCAACCAUAAUGCUAGUAAAAAUGCUGUUCAUAGCGUUGCUGUGUACAAGUUUGAUUCCCUUUAUAUAUAUCAUCAGGCAGAAAACCAUGAUAAAAGUCAUCAAUAAAUUAAAAAAUGUGGACGAAAUUUUGAACAAGUGUUCAGAUUAUAAACUGAAAAAUGACUGCGUCAACACUAUAUUAUUUGCUGUCAAUUUAUUUAUGACCAUUAACUUCAUAAUAGUGUACGACCUAGUAUACUAUCCCGCGAUAACGAUAUUUUUUGGUAAUAUUCCUAGUGUAUUAAGCAGUGGGGUGAUGAUACAAUACGCGAUGCAACUCAAUAGGAUCGACAAGAGAUUUGAGAGCAUUAACAUGGCCAUUUGCAAACUGGGCUACUCGAAAUUAGGCGGUCAAGUUCAAGUAUCAUCUGUUGCACAAUUACUUUCACGUGAAUCUAUUCUCUACGAUAUUGAAAAUUUCAAAUAUGCUUACGUCAAAUUGUGUAGAAUAUGUGACGAUAUGGCUGACUUUUAUGGGGUGCCUAUUUUGAUUGCCAUUGUUUGCUGCGGAUUUAGAAGUGUUAUGACUCUUAACCGCAUUAUUUUCAAGUUUACUCAAUUGGAAGCAAUAGAUAUUGUAUUGCCCGUACCCGUUUCUCGGAUGGUAUGCCUAAUUUUUUUAUUCACGGUGAUAACAUCUAGUGUCAGUGCUAUUACGAAACAGGUAUUGUGAUUUCUGGCCUAGUAGCAAUGGGUAAAAAUAGUCCUUUGAGCAAUAGUUGAACGUUUUUGAGUUUAGAGUCAUUAAGGCUGUCCUAGAUGGCCAAAUUUCCCUAGUAGAAUUUUUAUUUUCAUUUUGCCAUCACAUUUCGGGCGAGUUGAUGACAAUUUGAAACUAAAAAUGCUGACAAUAUUAGCAACAAUUGCUACUAGGGUGUUUAAUAAUAUAUAUUUUUGGUAAUCUAGAUAUUUUGAAUGGCAUUGCUAUUUUUUCAGAAUAGAAAAUUGGCAAAAAUAUUAAUCAGGCUUACGGACGAAUAUACCAUGGAUGAGAAUAUUGAAAAAAAAGUAAUUACUGUUCUAUGUCAUUUCAUGCCAUACAUCAUAUUUUUGAUAACCAUCCAAAUUUCGAAAUUUUACUAAACAAAGUAAUACUUUUUUAUUUACAGUUGGACUAUUUCUCAAGUGAUCUCUGGCCUUUGAAACUCGAACUGACGGCAUGUGAUAUUAUACCUCUAGAUCGUUCUCUCUUGGCCACAGUAACUAACAUUUAUUAUUAUAACCUCAAAAUUAUUUUCAAAACUUGAACUAAAUCCUCUUUCUAUAUUUCAGAUUACCGGCACAAUUGCAAUUUAUCUCGUUAUUGGUGUGCAAUUUUCUAUUGAUACGCAUUCUCAUUAAUUACGUCUCUAGAACUGAAUCUUUCAGACAAAAGUCCGAAAAAUUUCCAUCAGAGAAGUAACUUCCGAAAACAAUGCUACUAAACAAAUUUUUGAAUUCUCCACUAUUCCUCCAUUUUUAAUGCUAACCUACAAAUCAAAACCUAUACUAUAACCUUGAAAUGACUCAUAUUAUUAUCUCCAUAAAUAUAUUAAUGCAAAUGAGAUAAUGCAUUCAUAAUCACGCUAUAAUGAACGCUAUCCCUCAAAUCGGAAAAAGUUAUCGUGGUGCUAAUUAGUCAUUAUUGCGAUACCGUCAAGUAAACACGUCAAUUUUCCAAACAUUUCAGAUAGAAAAAGUUUCUACACAAAAUGGAGCCGACAUAUUUUGUCAAUCGGGAAACCAAAAAAAGUAAUAAUCAAGAAAAUUCAGUGUACUAUAGAUGUUUUAUGUUCAUUCAACACAUUAUAUUCAAAAUUUCUGGAAUAUCGCCCUGGACUAUGGACACUUCUGUAAUAUUCCGUAAUAAUAAAGAUCUUGAAAACAAUAAUUUCAACUGUAGUUUUUCAUAUUCUGGAUCUUGUUACAAUAUUAUAUUAUCUGCAAUAAUUAUUAUUUUGACUUAUUAUGAUAUUUCAUAUAGUUCAUCAACGAAAAUUGAUUCUGACAAUAUGUUAGAGUCGAUAACAGCAAAAGUUGAGUAUACUUCCUUACUAUCCGCGAGUUUAAUACCACUAAUCUAUGUUUUUCGUCAAAAAUUAUUAAUAAAUGUUAACAAUAUGUUCAAAAUUGUUGAUAAUAAUCUGAAUAAUUGUGCGGAUUAUAACACAGAAAAUAGUUACACAAAUUAUUUUGUAUUUAUUGUUAAUGUUAUUGUAACGAGCGGAAUACUAAUAUUACGAAUAAUAGCAUCUGAAUCACUGACAAUGCUGUUCAUCAGAAGUUUCGCUUACUUUAUCAGCAGUUGGGUGACAAUACAAUACGUAUUGCUGCUAAAUAUGAUAUACAAACGAUUCAAAGCUAUCAAUUCGACACUCUUGAAAUUGGGUACCAAUAGAAGCGUAAUAUCACGUUCACAUGAAUUAGUUAUUGAUGAUAUCGAUAAAAUUAAAUUUGCAUAUUUAAAAUUAUCUGACAUGUGCGAAGAUACGGAAAGUUUUUACGGACUGUCUAUUUUGAUAUCAAUUUUUAUUUUAGCUGUCAAAAGUAUAUUUAUGUUGUAUCAUAUUAUUCUGAUAGCUCUUCGGAUUCAUUCAAUUGAUGAGAAAAUGUAUAUAUUUGUGAUAUUUUUGUUACGCAAUGUAUAUUUAUAUAUGGUAUUGACUACCAAUGUUACACAAAUAAUUAAACAGAACAAAGAGACGUCAAAAAUCAUAAACUUGCUUAGAGAUCGAUAUUCGAUGGAUGAAAGAAUCGAAAAAAAAGUAAGUUCUACAAAUAACAGUACUGACAAUAUCACUAACAGAUGAGCAAAUUUAGUAAUGUGAUAAAUUUUUGCUGAUUACAGUUGACGAAAUUUUCGGUAAAUCUCUUGCAUCUGACAGUCGAAUUCACCGCCUGUGAUAUUAUACCACUGGACCGAACUCUUCUGGCAAUCGUGAGUUUAUUUAAUCUUUUCAUAUAAUAUCCUUCCAAAAAUUCCACAAUAGAAUUCAAUAAAACUCUUGAAAUUUUACAGAUCACUGGAACAACUGCGACCUAUCUCAUUAUCGUCGUACAAUUUUAUAUAAAUGAUCUCUAAUUAAUAAAUUGGAAGUUGGAUAAUAUUUUUCCAUGUGUGUACAAUCUAAUAUUGUCUUUUCUUUCACUCUACAUGCAAUUAUUUAUCCCACAAUAAAUUAUAAAAAUUGUAACUGCACCAGGAUAUCAAUAAAAAAAUAAUUCUAUUGUAAUAAAUUAUAAAUUAAUCAAUUAGCCUCUAAGUUCAAAGUAUACUCUCUACUAAUUAUUUGUCAUUAGCCAGAUUAUCAUCGUAAUUAGAUCCAUGCCAUGAAAAUCACGCAAUGAAACGACUCGAGAUAAUCAGUUUGAAAAAAAUUACCGUGACAUUGAUUGGCAAUAAUUACAAUGCUAGAGUCGAUAGAUCCUAGUCAUGUGGGGCAAGUGUGCGCAAACUCAUUUAUUUCGAACAAAUGCAUGAGUUUGCGCACACUUGUCCCACAUUAUUCUAAUAAUUUUUUUAAUAAAAUAGUAAUUAAAUAAUAAUUUUUUCCAACGAAUCAAAGACCCGAGUAGGAAAAAAUUCAAAUUUAGUUUCAGUAGAUCCGACUUUUGAAAAAAAAUAUUUCUAAGUUACUUCUAACAUAUUUUUUGUGUCCUAUAAAAAUUUUUUUCUCCACUUCAUAGUGAAAAAUUUUACUUGCACUAAGAGAUUAUUUUUUUUUUGUGUGUAAUUUUAGUGACGUCAUUAAUAUACCUACUAAAUAUAUACAUAUAUAUAACAUAGACUCAUAUAUUUUGUAUAUGUGGAAUAACUCAGCCCCAUUGGUCAUUUCUGAGAGAGGUCACUCGGAAAAUUUCUUACCUACUUUGUAAACUCAUUACCUAAAAUUACAUCUGAAUAGUCAGUAAGUGAACAGCUCUCAGUAUAAACUGUUCGUUGCAAAGUAAUAUUAUAAAAUAAAAAAAGUAAAUAUGGCCGAACCAACACUGAAGGCUCUAGAAGAACACAUAGAAAAAUUAGUGGAAAAUGUGCGGCAAUUAAAUAUUAUGGUCUGUGAUUUUCAACCACAGGGUCAGACUGCGCUUAACCAUAAAAUUCAGGGGUUAGUAAGCGGAUUACAAGAAAUAGAUAAACUUAAAUCACGAGUUCCUGAUGUCAUUAUACCCCUUGAAGUUUUCGAUUACAUCGAUAAAGGAAAAAAUCCUAAAAUUUAUACUAAGGACGUCAUGGACAAGGCUUUCAAUAAAAAUCUACAAGUUGGAGGUCAGAUUGAUCAGUACAAGAAAUUAAAAGCUAACUUACUUGUGGAGGCGACUCAUUUUUUUCCAAAAGAAAUGGCGAGAUAUCGAGCGACACGAAGCGACUUCAAGUAAACGCUCAUAGAAACUGAGGCUUUUUAAGGUAAAAUUUCAUUGGAUGUAAAAAAAAAAAUUUGCAUAUUUUCUGAAUAAAGUUAAUUGUUGUAAUAAAAAUUUAAAAAAUUAAUUUUUGUAA